UUCGGUGUACGGCCAACGGCAUCGAAAUUAUUAACCUCUCCCCUCGAUCACUGCAGUUGCCCUGGGUUGUCCCUCAAACAGGACUGUCUGCUGGUGUUCUUUGUCGUGUACAAUCGCACUGUCGACAAAGAUGUCGUGGAAACUCACCAAGAAGCUGAAGGAGACUCAUCUGGCACCUCUGGCGCAGUCCUUUGGUCGCUCGUCGUCGACGUCCACGAUUAAGGGUGAAGCGGCGGAGGAGACACCCGUGUCAUCUCAUCCCCCCAGUAUAAAUACGGCCAGUGCCAAUGGGAUCUCGGCCUCAGAGGCUUUGGUUUCACCACCAGCACCCCCGACGAAACCUGGUAUCCUUAUCGUGACACUUCAUGAGGGAAAGAGCUUCUCGCUUUCGCCUCACUAUCAACAGAUCUUCAACUCUCACUUUCAGAACAGUGGUGCCUACAGUUCCUCUGUUCGUCCCAGUUCAUCCUCUUCGCACACCAAUGGUCCCGCUAGCUCCUAUGUCGCGAGUAACCGACCGCAGUCGACAAGCGGCGGUAUCAACGCUGCCCCCACUAUCCACGGUCGAUACUCGAGCAAAUAUCUUCCAUAUGCCCUGCUCGAUUUCGAUAAGAAUCAGGUCUUUGUAGAUGCUGUGUCAGGCUCCCCUGAGAACCCCCUGUGGGCUGGUGACAACACCUCCUUCAAGUUCGAUGUUUCCCGUCAGACAGAAUUGAGCGUCCAGCUGUACCUGCGGAAUCCUGCUGCCCGGCCUGGUGCUGGUCGCAGCGAGGAUAUCUUCUUGGGAGCCGUCAAGGUGCACCCCCGCUUUGAAGAGACCAAGCCGUACGUGGACGAUCCCAAGUUGAGCAAGAAGGAUAACCAGAAGGCCGCUGCUGCUCAUGCUGAGCAGGAGCGGACAAUGGGUCAGCUGGGAGCAGAAUGGCUGGAUCUGCAAUUCGGUACGGGUUCGAUUAAGAUUGGCGUGUCAUUCGUCGAGAACAAGCAGCGCAGCAUGAAGUUGGAGGACUUUGAACUUCUAAAAGUUGUUGGAAAGGGCAGUUUUGGCAAGGUCAUGCAGGUCAUGAAGAAAGAUACCGGCCGGAUCUACGCCCUGAAGACCAUUCGCAAGGCUCAUAUCAUUUCUCGUUCCGAAGUCGCCCAUACUCUCGCUGAAAGAUCUGUGCUUGCACAGAUCAACAACCCGUUCAUCGUUCCUCUCAAGUUCUCUUUCCAGUCGCCAGAAAAGCUCUACCUGGUGUUGGCAUUCGUCAACGGUGGUGAACUUUUCCACCACUUGCAGAAGGAACAGCGAUUCGACAUCAACCGGGCGCGAUUCUACACAGCAGAGCUUCUCUGUGCCUUGGAAUGUUUGCACGGUUUCAAGGUCAUCUACCGUGAUCUCAAGCCGGAAAACAUUCUGCUUGAUUAUACAGGACACAUUGCCCUCUGCGACUUCGGUCUCUGCAAGCUCGACAUGAAAGAUGAGGACCGCACGAACACUUUCUGCGGAACACCGGAAUACCUUGCUCCUGAGCUCUUGAUGGGUAAUGGUUACACCAAGUCCGUCGAUUGGUGGACUCUUGGUGUCUUGCUUUAUGAGAUGUUGACGGGUCUUCCACCAUUCUAUGAUGAAAACACCAACGAAAUGUAUCGCAAGAUCUUGCAGGAGCCAUUGACGUUCCCCAGUCAUGAUAUCGUGCCUGCUGCCGCGCGAGACCUGCUCACGCGUCUGCUCGACCGUGACCCUCAGCGUCGUCUGGGCGCCAAUGGUGCGGCUGACAUCAAGGCUCACCACUUCUUCUCCAACAUUGAUUGGCGUAAGCUCCUCCAGAGGAAGUAUGAGCCAAGCUUCCGUCCCAAUGUGGUUGAUGCCCGCGACACCGCCAACUUUGAUCGCGAGUUCACUUCCGAAGCCCCUACGGACUCAUACGUCGAUGGACCGGUCCUGUCGCAGACCAUGCAGCAACAGUUCGAAGGAUGGUCUUACAACCGUCCCGUUGCUGGGUUAGGUGACGCCGGAGGUAGUGUGAAGGAUCCAUCUUUCGGCAGCAUCCCGGAGUAAGCAGCUGCAGGCUCAGUGUCCCGUUUUCCUUUCGAAUAGGUAUUGUCGUCAAUGCGCAGCCUGUCGCUUUCGACGGUUCAAUCGAAACGAGUCCCGUUUGUACCUCUUCAUUUUUUUUUUCGUUCUUUUCUUUUUUUCACAUGCCGCUAGACUUCCGCUGUUUCUCAGAUCUGACCGUGGUGUCGAAUUCGCGGUAUCUUGCAUGCAGUCUUUUCUUCUCUGGAUCUAGAUUUUCUUUCAACGGCGAUGUGGCUCUUCACAGUCGGGUGCAGUUCUCUUUCUCUUCGAUCGCUCGCGCUUCACACAGGCAGGUCCCUUGCAUAGCCCACGCCACCCUCCUUCCUCCAUCAAGUCCUUGCUGUGUCAGCUUUC